CUCUCUCUCUCUCAUGUGAAGCCGAUACUUAGAACGGCAGAAGGAGAAAGCUCUCGGAGAGGAACAAGAAGCAGUGUGCAACUCCUGCGGCUGAGUGCCGGAUGAGGCCGAGAGUCCCAGUGGAACAGGAAAAAUAAAGCUGCAUAGUGUCCCCCAGGAGGCGACUUUUAUGCUCCCUCUCACAUGCCUUGCCUCAGAGAAGGGUGAGUUUAGGAGCUUAAUCUAAUCGCGGCGAAGAGUUUGCAUGUGUAAAUGAUCGGAAAUUUAAGGAAUAAUCGGAGCGCCGGUUUCGUGUCCUCUGACAUUCCUUUCGUCCCGUACGAAUGACGACUUCGCGAGCGUCUUUAUGUCUCCAAGGAGAACUUGGAUAUGUUCCCUCUCGAGUAUGAUUGAUGUGAGUAUAUUGGUUGAGAAGAUGAAAUUUUGUGAUGAUAGACAGGUUCUUCAGGCUUGAUUACUACCUCUCUUGUUCUUUGUCGAUUUGGUCUUUAGUUGCUUUUGCUUUUAUUGUGAUUCUGUUCCUUCUAGGGAAGAUUGAAUCUUGAAUAGUUUUGACGCUUCUUGUCGAGCCUUUUUGUCAUCGUUACGAAGAAACUUGCAGUUUUGUCGGUGUUUUGGUUGAAGGACGGGUUAACAUUUGGUUCUUCUUGGCUGCAUUUGCUAUUUAUUGCGUUUCCCAUCUGAUUUAGGUUUGAUUCUAAUCAGUGGAGGAAUAAAGGCUUUUUUUUAUUUUGAUAAGCGAUUCUAUGAUUCUAAUCAGUGAAGUAAAUUUUCGGGGUUUUGAGCUACUGCUGAACGGGGGAAGUAGUGAUCAGAUACGAUAGCAAAGUGUUGUGAUUCAUUUGACGGUUGACAUUGUGGAAUGGACCAUCGGGGUUGGCUUUUGAGACGCAAAUCAUCAGAGAAGAGCCCGGACGAGACUGAGAGUCCAGGAUCAGCUUCCUCUCAUUCUGAAAAUUACUCUGAUGACCAGGAAGCACUGAGGUCUUCUCCAAAUGAUGCUUCAGUUGACCAUGCCCAAUCGUCAGAAGUUUCAUCCAGUACUUAUGAUGGUGAAGUUAAUCAAACUGUUAAGAUAUUGACUGAGAAAUUAUCAGCUGCUCUUCUGAACAUCAGUGCUAAAGAGGAUCUUGUCAAUCAGCAUGCUAAAGUUGCAGAAGAUGCUGUUUCGGGCUGGGAACAGGCAGAAUCUGAGGUUGCAGUCGUAAAGCAUCAUCUUGAAAUUGCACUCCAGAAUUACUCUGCCCUUGAAGAAAAAAAUAGCCAACUUGUCGAGGCCCUCAAGGAAUGUGUCAAACAGCUCCAUCAAUUGAAGGAGGAUAGAGAGGAGAAGACAUGUGAGUGGGAAUCUGAGAAGCAUGAGCUUGAAAAACAACUCGUGGAACUCAAAGCACAGCUUCAAGCUGGAAAGACUGAUCGUGUAAUACUUGAUCGUGGACUUCAGACUAGAGUUGAAGCUGUUGAGAAAGAAAAUACAGCUCUGAAGAUUGAGCUCCACUCUCAUUCUGAAGAUCUCCAGGUUUUGUUGCUAGAGAGGGAGCUAAGCAACAAAGCAGCAGAAACAGCUAGCAAGCAACACUUAGAGAGCAUAAAGAAAGUCACUAAACUUGAAGCUGAAUGUCAUCGAUUGCAGAGUAUAAACCGUAGGUUGUCAUCAGUAAGCGAUCACAAGCCGGUUGUGAGCUCAGUUUGUGUGGGAUCUUCCCCUGACAGUCAAGCAGAUAGUGGAGAACGUUUGUUUGGUAUAGAUAGUGAAACGAGCUGCGCAGAUUCAUGGGCAUCUUCUUUAAUUGCAGAACUUGAUCAGUUCAAGAGUGAGAAAGCAAGAUCAAGAAACCUCAACACAUCUGUAGAGAUUGAGCUUAUGGAUGAUUUCCUUGAGAUGGAGAGACUCGUUGCUUUGCCCGAGAUCGAUCAUGAAAAUGUUGCCUUUAAGCCAGAAACUCAGUAUGACCAAGUUGUUAGAAGAGUCAGCCCCCUAAAAAUAAAAAAUGAAAUUAUGAAUAAAAAAAUAGUUGAAUUAGAAGAAAAAGUUGAGUGGCUGGAACAUGAGAAAGGAGAAUUGGAGAUAGCUUUGUCCCAAUCACAUACUGAGAGAUCUUGCAAUCUGCUGGCAGCAGCUGAAAAUAAAAUAGUUGAACUGCAAACAAAGAUAGAUUUGUCAACAAGUGAAGUCAUGGAUUUGGAGGGAAAGCGGAAGGAACUGGAGACUGAGUUAGAGUCUGCAUACUCAGAAAAUGGAAAGCUCUGCGAGAAGGUAUCCUUCUUUCAAGAAAGUUUUGAGGCUGAGAGAUUAUCGUCUGCUGAAUUUAAAGCUAGGAUAGAGAUUGCUGAGGCUGCUAGACAGGCACUGGACUCUCAGCUCAAGUCAGCUCAGCUAGAAAUCAGUAAUCUAAAAGAGACAGUUGGACUAAUAGAAUGCCAGGUCAUGGAGGGUAGAGCAUUUUCUUCAACAUUGACAGCCAAAAAAGAGGCUUUGGAGGCAAAAGGAAAGGCAAUGGCAUCUCAGCUUGAGCAUGCAAAUUCAGAAGUUUGGAGACUACAGGAGAAGGUUGACUUCUGGGAACUGAAAGCUGAGGAGAAGACAAAAUUAGCUGCUGAAUUUGCCAUUCAAGUAGAAGCCGCCGAGGCAGCAAGAAAGAAACUGGAGGUUGAUCUCAAGUCAGCACAUGAGUUUGCCACCAAAGUGGAUGCUGCAGACGCAGCAAAAAAAACACUGGAAAUCCAACUUGCAUCAGCACGUAUGGACGUCGUGAAGCUGAGUGGCAAUGUGGUCUUGUUGAAAGGAAAAAUUGAAGAGGAAAGAGCAUCGUCUGCAGAAUUUGCAGCCAGGUGUCAUAAAUUGGAGGGUGAUUUGUUGAGGAUGAAACGAGAAGCUGAUUUAUGGAGAGUUGCAAAGUCCAACCGGGAAAUUAAAAUAAAGCAGGAGAAAGAACUUGCCAUGGCUGCUGGGAAAUUGGAAGAAUGCCAGAAGACGAUCGCUUCCCUGAGCCGACAGUUGAAAUCAUUGACAACUUUGGAUGACUUCAUGAUUGGAGACGAGAGGCCAGAACAUAACAUAUUCUUGCAACAUCCUAGUGGUGACGAAGCCAAAGAUUUAGAGAUAAUAGGCAGCUGUACUGUCUCCAAUGGCAGAGAAAGGAGUUCCCGUCAGUCUUCGGCACUCUCUUUUUUCUCUUCUUCGUCCUCAAAUUUCUCUGGGUUCAUGAGAACAUUAUCUCGUAGUAGGAGCAUCACUCGCUAGAACUACUAGAAAAUAGUAUCUUGGAACUUUAGAUAAUUUUGUUGUUCGAUACAUCAAAAGAAUGAUUGUUUUUUGGGGCUCGUGGUUACUGGAUUUUUUUUUUCUUCUGAUUCAA